UGUUUUGCUUAUGAUUAUUGGAUACUACUAUUGAUAAGUUUUCUAAAUUGACACAAAGACUAACCAACAUAUUUAGUGUUCGGGGAUUUUUACCUGAGUGGAAGUAACUUCUAAGCUUCCUCUGUUCUCUGUCAUGGCUCGUUCACUCUCUGGUGACUCAGAAGUUCAGACCUCUCGCGAUUCAAGCAGCAAUCGCGGUGGCUGGAAAACUUUUCCAUUCAUGAUCGCUACGUUGUUAGGCCUGUCCAUAGCUUCAUUCGGAUGGGUAAUGAACUUAGUCGUCUUCCUAAUCGAUGUAUUCAACAUCAAGAGCAUCGCUGCUACGCAGAUUUCAAAUAUUGUUAAUGGAUGUGUGAGCAUGUUGCCUGUUGUUGCAGCCAUUCUAGCUGAUUCUUUCUUCGGAAACAUACCCGUCAUCUCGGUGUCUGCCUUCAUUUCUUUGCUUGGCAUCCUUCUCUUGACCUUGAUCACAUCUUUUGACUACUUGAGACCUCCACCGUGUCAAACGGGGUCAAUUCUAUGCCAAUCGCCAUCAAAACUCCAGCUCGGGAUCUUGUAUACAGCCUUAGCUCUAGUGAUCAUUGGAUCAGCUGGGACGCGGUUCACCUUGGCAUCCGCGGGUGCAAACCAAUAUGAGAAACCUAAAGAACAAGGAAGCUUCUUCAACUGGUACUUCCUCACACUAUACUCUGGAGCUAUUACUGGCGCAACAGCAAUUGUAUAUACACAGGAAAAUGCUAGCUGGAAACUUGGUUUUGGUCUUUGUGCCAUCGCUAAUCUGAUCAGUUUCAUCGUUUUCGUCUCUGGGAAGAGAUUCUACAAGCAUGACAAACCCAUGGGAAGCCCCUUCACCAAUCUGAUCCGUGUUGUAUUCGCUGCUACAGCAAAAAGGAAGGCUGUAAUUUCAUCCAGAGAAGAAGACUAUCACCAUGGGCUUGGAAGAGAAAGCAAGACGUCUGCUGCAAUGCCCUCCACGAGCUUCAGGUUCUUUAACCGUGCAGCAUUAAAAACCGAAGACGACUCUGUUAAUAACAUCUGGAGGCUAUGCUCGGUUCAAGAAGUAGAAGAUUUUAAAGCUGUUUUCCGAGUUCUCCCUCUGUUGCUAGCCAUCAUCUUCGUUAGUACUCCCAUGGUGAUGCAAACAAGCUUGAUUAUACUUCAAGCUCUAGUCACAGACCGUGGGCUUGGCUCUCACUUCAAAAUCCCGGCCGGGUCCCUCCAAGUUAUAGUAAUCAUCACCGCAUGCAUCGUUAUUGUUAUGAACAAUUUCCUUGUCUAUCCCAUGUACCACAAGUUAACCCAUACGCCAUUAACCCCGCUUCAAAAAGUCGGUAUAGGCCACGUUUUCAUCAUUUUAAGCAUGGCGAUAUCCGCCGUUGUCGAAGCAAAGAGGCUGAAAACAGUUAAUAAUGGCCAUACCAUGUCAGUGCUAUGGCUGGUUCCUCCCCUUGUGAUAGUAGGAAUAGGCGAAACCUUCCAAUUUCCGGCGAAUAUUGAAUUAUUCUAUAGAGAAUUCCCCGAGUCUCUGAGUAGCACCGCAACUUCAUUGACCUCAGUGGUGAUUGGAAUCUCCUUCUACCUGAGCACAGCUCUGAUCACACUGAUCCAGAAGACCACCAAGUGGUUACCAAAUGAUAUUAACCGUGGAAGAGUUGACAACGUUUACUGGCUUUUAGUCAUUGUAGGAGUCUUGAAUUUCGGCUAUUUCCUUGUAUGCGCUUGGUUUUACAGAUAUAGAGACCUGAAAGAUGAUGAUCAGGAACAAGAUCCAAAAGAUGUUACAAUCUAAGACACAACAUGUUAUGUUCUUGUGUUUUUGUUGUUUUUCUAGUAAUGAUCAUCUCUAAAGACCCUUUCUAGCAUCUAUUUUGGUUAGUUUUUUUUUUUUUUGGUUGGACAAAAAGAAAAUCAUUUCUGUAUUUUUGAUACAUAAUUUCAAGGAUUUUCUAUGUAUAUCGUACAAAACUGACUCAAUGAUUCAACGUGAGUAUAUAAACUUUAAAUAGAAUUUUUCAAAA